AUGGCGCUUCUUCGGCCAGUGCUCGUCCUCGCGCUGGCGACUAAGGCACUGGGCGCAUCCGACAACAUGGGCCCUGCCUCCUUCUUUUGGCCGCCCGACCGUGCCUGGUCCGCACAAACAGACAACACGCCGCCGUGUGGCUCUAGUGCUGGCGUCGGCAAUAGAACAGAGUUUCCCUUGAACCCCCAAUCCCAAUCCGACUUCACCCGCCUCGCCACCACCCCUAUCCCCGAGCUCGACCCCGGCCACACCUGCCUCUCCAUCCCGGACCCACCCCAAGCCCUAGCGCGCGCCGGCGUCAACGCCACCCUUCAGAUGCGCUACACGGCCGACUUCGACCGGCCCGAGAACCAGACCUUCUACGCCUGCGCCGACGUCGUCUUCGUGCCCGCGGCGGCCUUCAACCCGGCCGACGUGCCCUGCUUUAAUGCGUCUGACCCGGUCGAUGUGCCCGCCCCGACGGUCACGGGUGAGCCGACGGGGUUGCCGGGACAUGAGGAGGGGGGCCCGCCUUUGGUUGAGGAUGGCGGUGAUGAUGGGGAGGGGGAGGGUGAUGGUGGGCGGAGGUUGUCAUCGGGGGCGAUUGCUGGUGCGGUGGUGGGAAGUGUGGUGGGGUUUGCGCUGAUUGUGGGGCUGGGGUUGUUGUUCUAUCGCGAGCGCGAGCGCAAGAAGAGGCUGUUGCGGGAGAGAGAUGCUGGGAGGGCGGUUAAGUGGGUGGAUGACUCGCAGGGACGCAGCCAGGCUGGGAAAGACUCGACGUCGGUGGCGGGGGAGAGUAUCAGGAUGGGGAAUCUGCCGGCGCAGGGCUGA